ACGGCGGCGGGGAGCCCGGGCCGAGCGAGCCGCGAUCGCCGCUCCGCACCGCCGUACCAUGGUGGGGGAUCACUGCAGCCUCCCCGGUGAACGGCCCGUGCUCGCCCAGAGUCCCAAGCCUGGAUUAAGCUGCAAGAUGGUCCUGCAGGCGGUGGGCAAAGUGCUGCGGAAGUCCAAGGGAAAGCCAAAUGGUAAGAAGCCAGCACCAGAAGAGAAGAAGCUUUACCUAGAGCCAGAAUACACAAAAUCCAGAAUUACCGAUUUCGAGUUUAAGGAACUAGUGAUGUUACCACGGGAAAUAGACCUCAAUGAGUGGCUUGCCAGCAACACAACAACUUUCUUUCAUCACAUCAACUUACAGUAUAGUACAAUCUCAGAAUUCUGUACAGGAGAGUCAUGUCAGACCAUGGCAGUGUGCAAUACACAGUACUACUGGUAUGAUGAGCGGGGAAAGAAGAUCAAGUGCACUGCUCCUCAGUACGUUGACUUCGUCAUGAGUUCGGUGCAGAAGCUAGUGACAGAUGAGGACGUCUUUCCAACGAAAUACGGCAAGGAAUUCCCAAACUCAUUUGAGUCCCUAGUGAAGAAGAUCUGCAAGUACCUGUUCCAUGUGCUGGCCCAUAUCUACUCCUCACACUUUAAGGAGACUUUGGCACUGGAGCUGCACGGACAUUUAAACACACUCUACACACACUUUAUCCUAUUCAUCAGGGAGUUCAACCUCGUGGACCCUAAAGAGACCACCAUCAUGGAUGACCUCACAGAGGUCCUCUGCAGCAGCAGCGGGAGCAGCAGUAACGGGAGCGGCAACGGGAGCAGCAACAGCGCAGGAGCACAGAACCACGUGAAAGAGAGAUGAGCCCUCCUCCUGGACCCAAACUAACAUUCUGAACAGUAUAAUCUAUUGUGUGUAUGUGUAUGUAUAUGUUCAGAUAUACAUACUGGCAUAUACCGUGAUGAAAGCUGACCGAUGCGAUGCUGCCACGCAGGACGCGCAGUCGUUCGGGGCUGUACGGAGCUUUGGGUUCUUGCGCCAGCCGGCGAGAAGUUGCACCAAUUUUAUUUUAUUUUCUGUCCACUCCUCCUUUUACCUAUUCAGAUGGAUGAUGAGUGCUGUUUUUAGAGAAGAGCCAAGCUUGAGAGUGGGGCCACUCUUGGUUUUUUUGUUUUGUUUUGGUUUUUUUUCUCUUUUUGUUUGGUUGGUUGGUUUUCUGUUUUUCUUUCUUUGGUCUUGAGUGCAAGCCCUUUGGUCUUUCUAGGAUGGUGAUCCUGCCAUUUAAAAAGUAUCUAUUAUAUUAUAAGAAGUAACUUUUACUUUGAAGUGGCUUAAAAUGCAGGUUUGUUUGGGGUUCUUUUUGGGGGGGGUGGGGUGGUUUUUUGGUUUGGUUUUACAUAGACUGCCCCUUACCCUGCCAAAAGCUCCCCUACUGAGUGCAUCUUGCCCUUUGUUAGCGUGGAAUAGGAAGAAACUCCUGGCUUGACUAGAGUAGCAACUAGGAUCUUGCUACAUGUUGAAAGUGGGCAAGAUUCUCCAGUUGUCCCAUCUACUCAGUCACAAGGUGUGAACAUGCAAGAGGAUCCACAAACCUUUCUGCUUAUUGCUCCUACAACAUAUAUACUCUUUUCUCUGCUCCCCUGCCUCUUCUUUUCCCAGGCACACCUGCACAGGUAACAGGAGUGGGAUCACUGCGGUCCAAAACCAUGUGCAAGAGUCACCACCAUUUGCUUUCCCUUGAACAGAGGCCCGGGGAAGGGGGGAGAAGGGUAUACUGAGUCAGUCACCGCCUGUGCUAGAAAGAUGGCUGUUGGCAUAAAAUUAUAUUGUUGGCUUAUUUUAGUUCAUCUGUUCUAUAAUAAUAAAAACAAAUCUAUCAGCCACAA